GGCGAGUUUUGGGGGGGGGGAGUCGGACUUCGUCGUCUUGCGGGCGCAUCCGGCGCCAGUAGGAGCGAGGCGGUUGUCAUGGACGACCAGGGCUGCCCCCGGUGCAAGACCACCAAGUACCGGAACCCCUCCCUCAAGCUGAUGGUCAACGUCUGCGGCCACACGCUCUGUGAAAGCUGCGUGGAGCUGCUGUUUGUCCGGGGUGCUGGAAAUUGCCAGGAGUGUGACACCCCUCUGCGGAAGAGCAACUUCCGAGUGCAACUCUUUGAGGACCCAGCUGUUGACAAGGAGGUGGAAAUCCGGAAGAAGGUGUUAAAAAUAUAUAAUAAAAGAGAAGAUGACUUUCCCAGUCUUGUGGAAUAUAAUGAUUUCCUGGAAGAUGUUGAAGAAAUUGUGUUCAAUUUGACCAACAACAUCGAUGUAGAGAAUACAAGGAAGAAAAUGGAGAUGUACCAGAAGGAAAACAAAGAAGUGAUUCAGAAAAAUAAAAUCAAACUGUCUCGAGAGCAAGAGGAGCUGGAAGAGGCGCUGGAGAUUGAACGGCAGGAGAACGAGCAGAGGCGGCUUCUUAUACAAAAGGAGGAGCAAAUGCAGCAGAUGCUGAAGAGGAAGAACAAGCAGGAACUUCUGGAUAAACUGGAAAGUUCUCAUCUGCCUGCCUCUUUGCUGUUAGCCCAACACAAAGACCGGUCUACACAACUAGAAAUGGAACUAGAGAUUCCCAAACCAGUUAAGCCAGUUGCAUUUUCAACAGGCAUCAAAAUGGGUCAGCAUAUUUCAUUAGCACCCAUACCAAAAAUUGAGGAGGUCCUCUACAAAUAUCAGCCAUUGCAUGUAGACACCUAUGGGCCACCAGUUCCAGACCGGGACUUGCUGGAAAAAUUAGGGUAUCUAAACCACGUUCGAGCUGCCUGCCCGCAAGAUCUGGCUGGUGGCUACACUUCCUCUCUUGCCUGUCACCGAGCUCUUCAAGAUGCCUUCAGCGGGCUGUUUUGGCAUCCUAGCUAGCUUGGGCGUCGCCUACAUGGGAGGAAGGCGAGCAGAGCAAAACUCACCUGGAAAUGGCAAAGCUGCCUGUUCCUUUUUUGUUCUUUUUUUCUUUUUACAAAAUGGUGGAGCCAGCUGUGCUCAGGUAUUAAAAACUGUGCAGAAACAAUCUCUAAAAAUGAAGGUUGUGUGUGCAUCCUUUUUUCUCCCCCCCUCUUUUUUUGGCAGAGGUUGGGAGUGGGAAAUGCUUUAAGACACUUUGUUGAGAGGCUAAUGGAAGAUGUGAAUAAUUAUUUUGUUUGGUGUGUUUUGAGGUCUCAGAAACAGACUUGUAAAAGUUUUAAAAUAAAGCCAGACUUUAUUAUUAUUAUUAUUAAAUUCUGUGGUUUCUAUCUCCA